GAUCGUUGUGUACAGUGUACACUGCAGACGUUAAUCGCCCAUCAUCGUACCAUUGUCGCUCGGUAGAUCCGCACUAGUAUACCGCAACACUUCUUCACUUGCGCAUGCGUUCGCGUCAUUUCAUUCAAGUGAUACAGCGAUAAUGAAAAUAAUUUUCGAGAGUUAAUGAACCUUGUCGAAAGUUUUCGCGUUGUGUCAAAUAUCGUUCUCAAUACAGUGGUAAUUAAGACUCUUUUCAUUCAUUGGAAAGUUGUCGCAGAUAUUUAAGCAACAGUGUUAAUUAUUUUGUAUACUUUUAAUUUUAUGGUUUUUAGUUAACGAAAGUGAAUUCCAUGAACCAAGAGAGUCGAAAGAAAAUCCACUACAUGGAAACUCGAAUGACAGAUUUUCCUACAUGACUUAGGCAAACAAGCGACUCAUCAGCGUAUUAUACAGCGUGUUAUAAAUAAUUAUAAUGCAGAUAAUCCGAUCGUUCUUCAAAAGAAUUCUCGAUGAUCUGAAGCAAAAGAAACUGAUCCCCCUCAAGAUAUUAUGCUUCGUUCACGCUUCCACACAGCUCGUGCUGUAUCCGUACUUGACAAUACACAUGAGGGAGCUCGGGAUCAACGUGGAGGAGACAGCCGUUAUGUCGUCGCUGACUCCGCUCUUUCUGAUCUUAAUCCCACCACUUGCCGGCCUCUUCGCUGACAAAAUUGGGAAUUUCAGGGUACUCCUGGCGGUGACGUCAUGUUUUGGUGGUUUGUCGGCGCUGCUGUUGCUGCUAGUACCUGUCGGCAGGAUCACUGUGACGUAUCCACCUGACGCCACGCUGAUCACCUCCUGCGACGGCUCAGUAUUACGACUGCAGCACGUCAGCCAAUAUCCCUGCUACCCUCGCAGGCCGAACGCACAGGACACUGAUUUGACCAUCGCAACUUGCGGGUUCCUUUGUGACACGCCAAGUGGCUUCACAUCUGACAAACUAAACGCAGUACUUAUGUCGGAGAUAUACGAUAUAAAUCUACAAUCCAAAACUAAAUCGAACAGACUUAUAUAUCGGAACGUCUACAACUCUCUACUGGCACCGAAUGAAAAAAAAUAUCGAGCGAACUCCCGGAUUUUAAAACGAGACCCUGACUUCAAUACGACUAUAACAAAAGUAUCUAGCAAUCAAAUAUUCUUCCCGGCGCCACAGUUGUACAAAAUGCAGUGUUCGUAUGAAGGAAGUAAUGCAACUUGCAUGUUGGGAAUGUCGCAGUUAAGUGCGGAUUUGGAGGACGACAUACAAGAUAAAUAUCGUGUUAAAAUAUCACACGAAGUACAGGAGGACGUGACGAAAAUGAGAGAUUAUUGGAUCAACACGAUAUUGAAGUUGAAUAGCACUGUGUACUAUAAAAACUUUAGUGACGACGAUACGACUACGUGUGUUGACAAGUUUACUCAAACACAGGAUGAUGAAUCGAUCUGGGUACAAGUUGGCAAUAAACGGCUGAGCAAGUGUGUGUCGGCGUGUGCUGCCACUGCACCCAGGAGGAAUCUCUGUGACAACCUGCAGGAGAGAGUUGACCUGGACCCUGUACUCACCUUCUGGACAUACAUGGCGGUACGUGUAUUUAUUGGGAUCAUCGGUGGGACGUCUUUCGCCAUGUUCGAAGGAGCUGUGAUCGCAAUCAUAAGGGAACAGCGCGCCGACUAUGGCCUGCAGAAAGUGUACGGAAGCUUUGGAGGGAUCAUAUCUUCUCCGCUGUCUGGAAUGCUGAUUGACUACGCAAGUAAAGGAAAAGGCUACACAGACUUUAGGCCAGCAUUCUACAUGUAUGCAAUCCUAAAGGUGUUGUCAGCUGGACUGAUGUUGAGUUUGGAUCUCGAGUUCAAGAAACCCGCAAAAACUCUCGUGAAGGAUGUUAUGACAGUUUUUAAGAAUUUCGAGAUCGUCGCUCUUCUAAUUGCUUGCGUUGUCAUGGGUACAGCCUGGGGAUACCUAGAGAGCUUUCUCUUCUGGUUCCUUCAGGAUCUAGGUGCCUCCCAAUCUCUGAUGGGCAUCACGAUCACUGUGGGAGGCAUUGCUGGUCUUCCUCUCCUUGUUCUUUCUGGACCAAUCAUUAAGAGAAUUGGACAUUCAAAUGUCUUGUUUAUUGGUUUUGUGUUCUACGCUAUUAGGUUAUUUGGUUAUUCGUUCAUCUACAAUCCUUGGUUGAGUUUGAUAUUCGAGGCGAUGGAGUCGGUGACGCUCUCGCUGUCGUUCACCGCAGCCGUCACAUACGCGGCACUUCUCUCCUCCACCACUACGGAUACCUCCGUACAAGGAUUGCUCGGUGGACUAUACUAUGGCGUUGGCAAAGGCGCGGGAAGUUUGACAGGAGGAUAUCUCAUGAAAUAUAUCGGAACUCGACCCACGUAUAGAGUUUUCGCUGGCGCAACUCUUGUAACUGGCUGCAUUUAUUGUAUAUUUAAUAGAUUCUGCAUUCGAAAAAGAGUUAUAGCACGAGAGAAUGACUUCUAUAAGAAAAAGCAAAACUCUCUAGACCUAGAGUGCCAAGAGACCGCAUGUAAUAAGAAAACUAUAACGGCAGGAGAUAAAGCUGAUGAUUCUAAAUCUGAUGUUGUAAUACCGAAGAUCUGCUUAAACUUGACACCAGACUCCGGUGGUAUAGAUGGUAAUAGCGAUUCAGGAGUAGAUAAUCCGUCAUAUGUUGAUAAUGAAACGUCGUCUGUUAACAGUGCAAGAAAGGAUGAUAAAAAUAGUAAUGUUUGAUAGGUCUAAUUAUACAGAGUAGGACUGAAUUGUGAGAUUUCUCGCAACUAAUAUAAUAUAACACUUUUUGAAGUAAUACUUCUAUAGGCGCGUUAUUAAAAAAUGAUGAGAGUGAAAUUUUAGGAUGCGUGCACAUCACUGUAGCACAACAGUAAAAGGUUGAAGUUGGUUCAAGGCAAGGGGUUCAAACUCAUUAUUUAAUAAUUAAUUGUCAAAGCCAUCUUCCCAAGAUUAAUACAAAAUUGUUAAAAACGUAGAAUAGCACGAGGAAUAAAUCAUUUUAAUGAUAAAAAUCAUUCAAAAGCUUCGUUAGGCCGAAGAAGUAUAAGUUCUUGCGUGCAUACAUAAGUCCACACACACUUUUUUUCAUUGAAAACUGAUUGAAAAUUGUCUUCAGAGGACUAAGAACCCAGGAGACAAAUAUAAUUAUAUCCGUCCAGUUGGAAUUCUAUAUGAACUAGACUCAGGCUUUGGUGGAGACCAAAACACAAGAUGGUUUCUAUAUGGUUGUCUAUCGGUAUGUUAGAUUGAAAAAGGCCACGGUUUCUUGUCUUCGAAAAUCUUACGCCCUUACAAAUAAACUUGGUAUAAUGAUAUAACGCAGAAUAAACCAAGAAUAUGCAAAAUGUUGACUAUAUCGUUGACAACGCUGUCAAUACAAUGAUAGUUUUGAUGUUUUCCGAAUGUCAAGCAGCCUUGCAAAUAAACGCGGGAAACGUGUAAGCCAAUCAUAGAGAAAAUGUUUAUUUAUAAACGUUUUGCAUAUUCCUUGUUUAUUCUCAGUUAUAACUUUAUACCAAGUUUAUUAAAGUGAAACUUUUAUUACAUAGUCUCAAAUUUUUUCGUUUGUGUGUUGCAUGUCGCGUUAUGGUCGGUCGGCGCCUAUAGUUCCCAGCAGCUGACCGUGUAGUGUAUAGACUAUUUUAUACUCAUUUGUGCCAGUACUCCACGCAAUUUUGUUUGUUUUUAAUAUUUCCCAUUAUCAUUCCAAUUUAACAAGUAUUAAAUUAAGAUAGAUAAAGCGAUUUUUAUACCCUUAACGGAAUAUUAUUCUAAAAAUUUUUAGUUACGUCUAUAAUGUGAAAAAAGUUUCACUUUUACUGUGGUUUCAUAAAACCACACAAUCUUUUUUUGUAAGGCCUUUAGUAUUUUGUAACCUAGAAGGAUUCAAUGCAAGCAAGUCAUCGACACUAUAGUUCAUAACAGCCCUGCUUGAGGCCGCAGUAUGUAUUGUAUAUUCUCGUCACUUUAGAUCAUUUAUACUUCUAGAUAGACUGUUACAGCUGUGAAAACUUAGAAAAAAAUUGAGGUUGACAGUCAACCUCUAUUUUGAGAAAUGCACGUACACUAACACAAAGUGGCAUAGGUACAAAUCGCGAGUGUAAGACGUAGCUUGUGACGCACACUAAACUAGUCUAGACGUAUUAAUUAUCUAAGCUCGUAACUUUUUGCUGUCCUAUCACUUACAAGUAUUUUGUUUCUUUAUGAGAAUAAGGGACGAGACGAGCAGGACGUUCAACUGAUGGUAAUUGAUACGCCCUGCCCGCAGUGCCGCUCAGGAUUCUUAGAAAACUCAUGAAUUCUGAGCGGCACUACAACUGCGCUCGUCACCUUGAGACAUAAGAUUUUAAGUCUCAUUUGCCCAGUAAUUUCACUAGCUACGGCGCCCUUCAGACCUAAACACAAUAAUGCUUUCACAUUACUGCUUCACGGCAGAAAUAGGCGCCGUUGUGGUACCCUUAACCUAGCCAGCAUCAUGUACAAAGGAGCCACUGGUACAUUUUAUUUCACUACUUACGCACUCAAAUCGAAUCCAUUAAAAAAACAACAACUCUAAUAUACAUUUUCCCAUUUCGAACACCUGUUCACCAUUAACCAAUCAAGUCUCCAUAUAAAUCAGCUGAAUAGGGUUUCUGCAGCAAACCAGAACAGAUAGUUAAGUCAGCUCUACAAUCUGAAUAAAUAUUAAAAUGUUCCAUUUAUUUAUGUGUGGCUAACUACUGGUUAAUCGAAAUUUUGUAUAGUUAUGUGCCAGGCUGUAACUGUAAAAUAUAUUGGAUACAUUUGAAUAUAAAUUGUAAAUAGUUAAAAUAAAAUCAGUAAUAUAUUAUAUUUAAACACUA